AUGCUCCAAAGCAAAGUGAAUCUGCUAAAGCUAGUAAUAGUUCAACACUUCUGCUUCUACGUACCAUUAGUUGUGCUCGGCUCUAGCAUAGUUAGAAUGAACGAUAUCGAUAAUCUGCUAACCGCCAGGUGUCGCUCCAACUGUACCUAUGACCAAAAGUGCUACAACAAUUGCAUGAUCAACUAUCUGGAAAACUCGUCGUACAAAAAGUACGGAGACUGUCCACCGAAGCCACCCACCAAGCUGGACAGCCUCUGUCUCAACACGUGCGACGGUUUAGAUUACAAGUGUCCGGGUGUGGAGAAGUGUUGCGAACACUCGUGCGGCCACAGCUGCCAGAGCCCGUACGGAUUGGAACGCGUGGUCGGGCUACCACCCGUACCGAUGCACGUCCAGCUGCUGGAGAUGCGCGGAUCCUAUCGUACCGCCCAGAUCCGGUGGGACAUGAAGGUGGAGAACGAGCACAGCCCGACGUACUACAUUACCGAGUCGCGGUUUCACAUUGGCACCACGUACGCGGAGCACAAGAUGGAGAACGAUUGGCAGCCGCAUGAGCUGGAAACGUUUGCACAGUACGAUCGGGGGAAGGAGUUGCAUUACGAGAGUGAAAUCAAGCUGAAACCUGGCCGGUGGUAUCAGGUACGGGUGGCCGCUGUCAACGGGAUGGGUACGCGUGGCUACUCCACACCGUCACGGCCAUUUCAGCUAAGUAAAAUGCCAAAACCUCCACAACCACCGAAACGCCUCACCGUUAUCUCACUGGACCUGAACGAAAACCGAACGUAUACCUGUCGCGUGUCCUGGGAUUUACCGCGCUCCGAUCUUCCUGUGGAAAAAUACAAACUCAGCUGGAGUCUCUUCCUCAACUUUACCAGCAAUCGUUCGAAAACGGACAACUCGUCCCUGUUCAAGGAGAUGGCCACUAUUUCAGCGCCUACCCGACGCUACGACAUCCACGGCCUACUACCAGAACGGUACUACUAUCUGCAGAUUCAAGCCAUCAGUGUGUAUGGCAAACGGCGCCUCAAAUCAGCUGCCAACCAUCUGCUAAUGAACACGUCCUCCAUACCGACCGGACCGGACAAGAGUCCGAUCAAUCUAGACAACCUGCUAAUGGGUGAUGCCGGCUACCGAAGGACGAAGGGUCAACCAAGCCUAAAGGAAGGCAUACAUUCUUCGCCAGGAGCAUUAGCAACAGCCGGUGGUAGCCGAUCGUUCGCUAAUGGACUGCCCUCGACCGGUACGAUACGGUACCAGUUUGCGCUGCGCAAGUCAGGCCUUGCGGUACGGUUGAGCUGGUCCGAGCGGGGAUACGGCCGCUAUCGGUUGCACAUCUGUCGUGGUAACCGGGAAUGUCUGACGGUAGCCCGUGCAUCUACCAGCCCAAGCAACCAAUGGCAGGAUGUAGUGCUGCGACGGAAUGCGUACGAGUUCGGGAAGCUGGAAUUCAACACCCGCUACACGGCCGGUGUACGAAUAGGGGGACAUCGGCGUAGCACUUCCGGCUAUGAUAUUGUGCGAUCGUUUAUCACGCCCAAAUGUGAAAAGUUUCGCAACCAAGAGCUUCUACCGGCCGAGUGUAAUGUUUGA